ACCUCCCCACCUUCCGCCCUUUCUUCCUCCGCUACCUCCUCGCGGCACGCGCAGCAGGCCACCGACCCGGCCGGAAGUCCCCCUCGGUAGGAAUGGGCAUCUAUCUCUCGCGGCUGCUCCGGAAGAGCUCUACCGAAGUUUGUAAGGCGCCGCCAGGCGAUAGAGCCAAGCAGGAUCUAAGUGAACUUUUUACACCUCUCGCACAUGAAGAAGAACGUGAAAUAAACAACAUUUUGUGUAGUAGUGAUCAAAGUAAGCAAAUAAUAGUAAUGCACGGGCCUUCCAGUAUUGAGAUUACUAAAGAGAUAAUCAGGUGCUUGAGACCUGGUUGUUGGUUAAAUGAUGAGGUCAUCAAUUUGUACCUUGAAUUGUUAAAAGAGAGGGCAGAAAGAGACUCAAAAAAAUUCUUGAAAUGCCACUUCUUUAAUACAUUCUUUUAUAACAAGCUUGCUUGUGGAGAAGCUGGUUAUGACUAUCAGUCUGUCAGAAGAUGGACAGCCCGGUUGGGCUAUGGGCUUCUUGAGUGUGAGAAAAUCUUUGUUCCAAUACAUAGGGGUGUGCAUUGGUGCCUUGCAAUAAUAAACAUGAAGGAUAAGACUUUUCAAUAUCUUGAUUCGUUGGGUUGUGUGGACCAUGGUGUGCUGAGGAUACUGGUGGACACUAGUUCAUGGCUGGAAAUAUCAGAUUAUAUUCCUUUGCAGCAGAAUAGGUGGGAUUGUGGUAUGUUUAUGCUAAAGUUCAUUGAUUUCCACAGCAGAGGUGUUGGCCUGUACUUUAAUCAGGAAAACAUGGAAUACUUUAGGAAGCGAACAGCAAAGGAGAUACUGAGAUUAAGAGUUGACUGAAGAGCUGUCCUUUCAUGCUGAAAUAGUGUUGGGCAUUUUGUCAUGGCAGGUAUUCUUCUUGCAGCCUGUUGGAAAAGGUGCAAGGAAGUGUUUAUUUUGAUGAGUAUAAGAUGUAGGUAUAAGGGCACAUCUAUUUUGCACAAUUCUCUUAUUUUUAUAGAGUUAGGGAGAGAUUGAAAAGAGAGACAUAGGGAAGACGACAGAGCUAGCAGAAGUCGAAAAGUAGGAUCUUAGCAGCUUACAACUGGAAUGCUUAACCACCCCCCCCCCCCAAAUAGAACUAUAAGGGGAUAUGAAUCGCAUCAUAUUAUUCUUAAACAUAUACAUGUGCCCUGUUAUGUCAUAUAUAUGUGGUGAUUUACUUCAAUGAUAUUCUAUGAAAAUGGCA